AUGUUCAAGCAACUCGCCCGUCAACAAGCCCGUUUCUUCUCCACUUCCCGUUCUGCUUUCGGUAAGAAGGUUUUCCUUACACCAAAGGUUGGUGAAACCGAAUUGGCUCCAAUCAAGAUUGAAUUGUUCGAUGAAGUCGUUCCAAAGACCGCCGAAAACUUCAGAGCCUUGUGUACCGGUGAAAAAGGGUUUGGUUUUGCUGGCUCUCCAUUCCACAGAAUUAUCCCAGACUUCAUGAUCCAAGGUGGUGACAUUACCAGAGGUAAUGGUACCGGCGGUAAAUCUAUCUAUGGUGACAGAUUUGCUGAUGAAAACUUUGACAUCAAACACGACAGAGCUGGUUUGUUGUCCAUGGCCAACGCUGGUCCAAACACCAACGGUUCCCAAUUCUUCAUCACCACUGUCCCAUGUCCAUGGUUGGAUGGCCGUCACACCGUUUUUGGCGUUGUUUAUGAAAACUUUGAAAGUGUCAAGAAGUUGGAAGCCCUUGGGUCCCAAUCCGGUAGACCAAGAGCUAUGGUCACCGUUUCUGAUGCUGGCGAAAUCAAAGACUAA